CGCGCGAGCGCUUCCCGGGCACCGCCCGGGCCCUUCCGGGAACAGCGGGAACAGCGGGAUCGGCGGGAUCGGCAGGAACACCGGGAUCGGCGGGAACACCGGGAUCGGCGGGAACACCGGGAUCGGCGGGAUCGGCAGGAACACCGGGAUCGGCGGGAACACCGGGAUCGGCGGGCCGGGGGCCGGGGGGCUCCGGCCAUGCGCUACAACGAGCGCGAGCUGCUGUCCCUGGCCCGGCAGCCCGCGGAGAAGGCGGCCGAGAUCCGCAUGAGCGUGCCCAAGAAAGGCAGCGUGCUGAAAAAGCGCCUGGUGAAGCUCGUGGUGAACUUUCUCUUCUACUUCAGGACAGACGAGGCCGAGCCCAUUGGAGCUCUGCUGCUGGAGCACUGCAGGAUCACCAAAGAGGAGGAGAACGUCUUCUCCAUCAGUUUCAUCGAGGAGCCAGAGAGAAAAUACUGCUUCGAGUGUGCCAGUGAGGAGCAGUGCCAGGAGUGGGUCGAGGCCCUCAAACGAGCCAGCUACGAGUUCCUGAGGAGGAGCCUGAUCUUCUACCGGAAUGAGAUCCAGAAGAUGACAGGGAAGGACCCCCUGGAGCAGUACGGGAUCUCGGAGGAAGCCCGUUUCCAGUUGGGAAAACGCCAGCAGGAAUUCCUUCACCUGGGCUGAACUGGCUCCUGAGUCCUGAGCAGUCUCCCCAGGGCCACCCCAACCCCUGGGAAGGACAGCAGAGCCCCACAGUGACCAAGGGAUUCUUUUAUUUAUUACCUAAAUCAUUUUUUAUUCUUUUUUUUUUUUAAGGGAAAUCCUUGUACAUUCCCACUUUCCCAGCUGUGGAGGCUGAACUGCUCCCUUGGGGUGGGAGCAGAACCCCCUGGCCCCUGGGAUGAGCAGAGGCAGGGGCUGACAGAGCUCCCAGCACCUGAUGUCCUCCAGGGCCUGGAGCUGCUGGAGCUCCAGCCCUUCUCCUGAAGGAGCUGCAGCUUUCCUGGCUCGGGAUCUUCCCUCAGUCUCCAGGGAGCCCUUGGGGCUGUAAGAGGAUGCUGUGAUCACAUCUCUGUGCUCCAGGGUUAACUCUCUCCUGUCCUGCCCUCUCCUGCUCCUGCAGAGCCAUUCUGGGGGCUGAUGGCUGAGCUGGUGAGCAGGGAGGACUGGGAAUGCUCCCAGUAACACUGGGAAUGCUCGGCCACAGCUCCAGCUGCCAGGCAGGAGCCAUCUGCUCCCUUGUGCCGAGGCAGCAGCUCUGGGCAGCCACUGGCACUUGCCUUUGGGGGUUUUCUUUUCCCUUCCCUGGGCAGGGGUUGUGAUUCCUGGGGGCUGGAGGGAGCCCUCACUCCAGCCCAGCCGAGGGAACAAAGGGAACAGUCAGGAACAGGGACAGGGAGGGAUCCCUG